AUGCCUGCCUUAUUCCACCGCCGCAAGACCGGUUCCGCGGGCGCCGGCGACAUCGAGGCCCCGCCGCCGGGCGACCCGUCCAGCAGCUCCGCUGUAAACAAUGCCGAUAACCUAGGCGAGUUUGAGGCAUUGGACCGCUACAUUAGCACGUACCGCGAGGAUGGCGCCAAAGAAGAUGACGAUGCGGCAAGUAAGCGCCGCGUUCGACGGUGGUGGCAGUUUUGGAAGACCGGCGCCGUUGAGCCUGUCGAAGUCGCUCCCAAGCCCGACAACACUGUGCCAGAGGCUUGGCUCACCACCGACAUUCACACGGGCAUCAGCACCUCCGAUAUAGAAGAGCGCAGGAAGAUGUAUGGGUGGAACGAAUUGACGGCCGAAAAGGAAAACCUCUUCGUCAAGUUCCUGAGUUACUUCACCGGCCCUAUCCUAUAUGUCAUGGAAAUUGCUGCAUUGCUCGCUCUCGGCUUAAGUGACUGGAUCGACUUUGGAGUCAUCGUGGCCAUCCUGCUCCUCAACGCCUUCGUCGGCUUCUACCAAGAGAAGCAAGCCGCGGAUGUCGUUGCUAGCCUGAAGGGAGACAUCGCGAUGCGAUGCACUGCCGUUCGAGAUGGGCGAGAGCAGAUCAUCCUGGCCCGAGAGCUGGUUCCUGGAGACAUUAUCUUGGUCCAAGAAGGCGACACUGUAGCCGCUGAUGCGCGGCUCGUUUGCGAUUACAACCGCCCGGACGACUUUGAGAUAUAUCUGCGCCUCAGGGCCGAAGACCGCCUGGGACAUGUCAGCGACGAAGCAGGCGACGCCGACGACGACAAGGAUGAGCGAGAACGCCGCGCCUCGGUAAUCUCGCAGGCGAACAAGGACUUCCGCAGCACCCCCCUCGUGGCCGUCGACCAGUCGGCCAUCACCGGUGAGUCCCUGGCCGUCGAUAAGUACCUCAGCGACCUCGUCUACUACACCACGGGCUGCAAGCGCGGAAAGUCGUACGCCAUCGUCGUCAACACGGCCAAGCACUCCUUCGUCGGCCGCACAGCGGAGCUCGUCCAGGGGGCAGAGGACCAGGGCCACUUCAAGGCCGUCAUGAACAAUAUCGGCACGACGCUGCUCAUUCUGGUCAUGUUCUGGAUCCUCGCGGCAUGGAUUGGCGGCUUCUUUCACAAUCUUGGGGUUGCGGAGCCCGACUCGCAGAAUCUGCUUCACUAUGCACUUAUCCUGCUCAUCAUUGGAGUGCCCGUUGGUCUUCCUGUCGUCACAACGACCACGUUGGCUGUCGGCGCGGCGUAUCUUGCCAAACAAAAGGCUAUUGUUCAGAAGCUUACGGCCAUUGAGUCGCUUGCUGGUGUCGAUAUUCUUUGCUCCGACAAAACCGGUACACUCACGGCCAACAAGCUCAGCAUCCGCGACCCCUAUGUCGCGGAAGGUCAGGAUGAGAACUGGAUGAUGGCGGUCGCAGUGCUCGCCUCCUCGCACAACCUGAAGUCCCUCGAUCCUAUUGACAAAGUCACUAUUUUGACUCUCAAACGGUACCCUGGAGCUCGCGAGAUUCUUCAGCAAGGUUGGGUCAGCGAGAAGUUCACGCCCUUUGACCCCGUCUCGAAGCGCAUUACCAGCGUCUGUCGCCUGGGCAAGGACCGUUUUACUUGCGCUAAGGGGGCCCCACGGGCCAUUCUUAAGCUGACUAAUUGCUCCGAGGAAACAGCGAACCUCUACAAGGAGAAAGCCCAAGAGUUCGCCCGUCGCGGGUUUCGCUCCCUAGGCGUCGCAUACAAGAAGAACGACGACGACUGGACCCUAUGCGGUCUUCUGAGCUUUUUUGACCCCCCGCGCGAGGACACUUCACAGACUAUCAUUGAGGCUGCGCAUCUGGGAGUUCCCGUCAAGAUGCUUACCGGAGAUGCCAUUGCAAUCGCCAAAGAGACUUGCAAGAUGCUUUCCCUCGGAACAAAGGUAUACAACUCGGAAAGGCUUAUCCACGGAGGCCUCUCUGGAAGCGUACAACACGACUUUGUCGAGCGCGCCGACGGAUUCGCAGAGGUUUUCCCAGAACACAAGCACGAGGUCGUGUCUAUUUUGCAGAGAAGAGGGCACUUAGUUGCAAUGACGGGGGAUGGAGUCAAUGAUGCACCCUCUCUGAAGAAGGCAGACACUGGUAUAGCCGUCGAGGGCUCCUCUGAGGCCGCCCAGGCCGCCGCCGACAUUGUGUUCCUGGCCCCGGGUCUCAGCACCAUCGUUACGGCCAUCAAAACUUCGCGACAGAUUUUCCAACGCAUGAAAGCUUACGUUCAAUAUCGAAUAGCUCUUUGUUUGCAUCUGGAGAUAUACCUGACACUGUCUAUGAUCAUUAUCAACGAGACGGUUCAGGUCGAUCUGAUUGUCUUUCUUGCCCUGUUUGCCGACUUGGCUACGGUGGCAGUGGCAUAUGACAACGCGCACUGGGAGCCACGACCGGUAGAGUGGCAGCUGCCCAAAAUUUGGGUCGUCAGUGUCGUUCUGGGCAUCCUCCUGGCUGCGGGAACCUGGAUCAUGCGCGGAACGAUGUAUUUGUCCAACGGUGGCAUAGUCCAGAACUUCGGAGCGGUCCAGGGCAUCCUUUUUCUACAGAUCGCACUUACCGAAAACUGGCUCAUAUUUGUCACGCGUGGAGGCUCAACAUGGCCAUCCUGGCAGCUCGUGGGAGCCAUCCUUGGCGUCGACAUAAUCGCUACCUUCUUCUGCCUCUUUGGGUGGCUCUCAGGCAGCCCCGAAGUCGACGUCCCAUUCGACAGCUUCCCGCAGCGCGCGGAUGGUUGGACCGACAUCGUCACCGUCGUUGUGAUUUGGCUCUACUCCUUUGGCGUCACCGUCUUCAUUGCCAUUAUCUACUUCAUCCUUAACAAGAUUUCGUGGCUGAACGACCUAGGCCGCAAGGACCGCAAGAGGAAGGACACCGCCAUCGAGAACAUCAUUGGUCAUUUGCAGAAGCUUGCCAUUGAGCACGAGCGCGAUGAGCGGACUGGAAAGAGCCGGUUCCUGCUUUGCGAGAAGGCUGUCGACGACGACGAGGAGCUGUAG